AUGAUCGAUGCCCAACAUGCCUAUUCCCCACCCCUGGGUCUGGAGUUUACAAUUCCUCUACCUCCAUCUCCCGUGGCGUCCCCAAUAGAAUGUUCUUCCCCAUUUGACCAAAAUGAGGCAGAAUGCUUUCCUUUCAAGGUACCACUCGCGCCGCCUACCAUGCGCACUCCCACUCCUGCUACGGAACCUGUCCUGGUCCCAAUGCCGCAAUCAAAGGCUGUUGAUGUAAGUGAGCCUGGCCCCGAGAUACCCGUGGUGACCCCGGAAGUAUGCACCACCCCGGAGCCAAAGGAUCAGCUGCCAUCUCCUACUACAUCUCCGACUUCUACUGUUCACAUUCCGUUGUCCGUGCCCCCCGAGAGCACAACCUCUUUCGACCAAUUUGCGACCCAAUACCGACGCUGCCAGCAGGCAGAGAUUGAGAAACAGGUCUUGGAACACCGCUUGAUAUCUACCAAAAUUUCGAUAUGUUUGUCUUCCCGGCUUUUGAGAACUGGAGCGAUUGUACAACGUGGUCUGGUAGAUGCUUUCAAACAUGGAGAUAAAACUGGCUUUGUGUCCAUUUACAACACGAUCCAUGAUAUCCAGGAGGCCUGUGAACUUGGCUCCAAUCGUUCCAUUAAUCGGCAACAGUCUUUCCCGGAGGAUCCUGCAAUUUCUUUACACGCUCAUCGGAUCCGUACUGCCAGUUUUAUGCACCAGCUUAGUCCUCAAAGUAGGAAGGAUCUCCUGGAAAUCCUAACUCAAGUCCGGACAAACCCACAGUUCCUGGCUGACUGUAUUACCGGCCUGCUUCCGUCACAACUUUCUUCACUCACUACUCCAAUCGGUUUUUCAGCCUACGGAGAUACCAUCUCAUCCCAUUCCACUGCACGGUCUCGGACUUCUGCUACUUUCGCGAAACGCGCAACGCCUAACUCUAUACCGUUCAAGGAACAUGCCUGGGCUCUUGAGCGGUCCGAUCCACUUUCUGCGCUUCUUUUCAAUGUGUUUGCUGUUCCCCUGGAUUGGCAGCCCGAGGAGUCAGUACUACGCCUGGAUGUUUGGUCCUCCACAUGCGCAAAGCUGCUAUCCUCCGGAGACAACAAAUAUUUGAAUGUCGUUGGUCAGGUGCUAUCCUACUGGUCAACUACCAGCUAUUGGCAAGCCCGCCAAAAGAUUGAACUUUAUCUUAUGGAUGUUUUGCAAAAAGGCGCAUUCCUCCUGGAAAAUAUUGAAAACCCGGCUUCCCAUUCCCUUGGAGUUGAGCCCCCGGACCCAUUACGGACAGAUGCGGCAGAGGAAUUCUUUGAAUCUGCAGUCCAAACUCUGUUUGAAGUUCUUGAUGAUUCGGAUGCUGGCCUUCCAUCUGCAGCCCUGGAGUUUUGCAAUGCUGUCUUGAAUAAACUGACCGAUGCUGAGACCCGUGAUCGCUUUUUGGAGUUUAUUUUCGUUCAAUGGUUUUUCUCUAGAUACCUUUACUACGCUUUGACUUUUCCAGAGGGCCAGAGUUUACUACUCGAUUUUCACAUUAGCAAAGAAGCUCGAGAGAAGCUUCUGAGUCAGAUAGCUUUACGCGCUCAGUCUCAGUUCUACCGGGUUUUACAUUCAGUGCCAGAGUUCUCUACCGUUAAUACACAGGUGAGACGACACGUCGACAACAUGAUCAAGAGGUGUCUAUACUCGUCUAACCAAGCACCGGUCGCUGGGUCACAUAUUCAAAAUGACCACACUGAUGAGCUUGACGAUUCGUCCAGCUUCCUCAUGCUAUGUGCCGCGGAUGUUAUCACUCUGAUGAAUGUUUUAUUCCCCAAAAAUGCAACCAGUCCCUCUGGUUCUCUGUCAUCCAAUUCCACACAACCAGGUCUGAGUUAUACACAGCAUAGCGGUCCACGACGGGCAGCUCUUCCUGCUCACUGGUCUGGCAGGAUCGAGACAGUUCUGGAGCGACCAAGUCCGCUAGAAUCAAUAAAACAGGAAAACACCCAACGAAAUCGUUACCAUCAGUAUCAUCCAUCCACAGAAGAUUGGACUUUGUUAGCAAUUUCCUCUGACAGAAAAUCAUUAUCGUGGAACACACCCAGCGGGAACUACUCUGGUAGUAUAUUUGAAGGUCUCUCUGACAGCGGCGAUCGAUCCGGAACAGUCCAACCGGAGGAAGACCACGAAGCACUCCAUGCCGCAAUACAAAAAUUGGUCAACGAGUCUGAGACUCUUCGUCGAUCAAGGACCUCCAGUACCUCUUUAGUACGCCAAAGCCAUUUCUUGUCAUUGAAAGAGAGAUUUGAUGCCGCGCGAUCAGUAUGUGAGAGUCGCUCGGAUUUCCUGGGUGCUCACUACUGGUGGACAGCAUCAACGCAGCUAAUGAGCCUUUCAAAAUCAGUCAAGUCACUGCAAAAUGACUCUUGGAUCCUUGGUCCUAUGCUCCAGACAUCAUACGAUUCAUUCUCUAGGUUCAAUACAAUAAUCCAUGAGUGUGAAGAAGGUCUCUUCACUUUGAGCCCUCGGGUCGAACAACUAAGGGAAUACAGUAGGAACAGUAUCGCCGGGAUGACCAAACUCAGGAAUAAGAUGUGGUACAUGACCGAUGUCAAGAAUUCGAUGCGAUAUGAAGAUGCGAAACAUGUGGCUCUUGCGCUGAAAACGAUGGUAUACCCUAAUCUGCAUCGAGACAACACCAAUGAAUAUCGCUCCCGCAAUGGAUCCAGGUACCUAGGCGGAUCCUUUCUACAGAAACCGGAAAUGCAGGUCAUGAAUGUGAUGAAAGCCUCGACAAGUCAGGGUGGCCCUAACAAAUUGAGCGAUGAGCAGGUUGAACUUACGCGGAAGUGGAUCUCUCAUCACGGUAUCGACAAUUUCUGCCGUGGUGAGGAGCGAAUCCAUCGGUUCUGCUAUGAGGUCAAAUCAAGUAUCAACAAGCUCGUUGGCGAUUCGAUGACGGAGACGCCAGUUCUCUGGGCGAGCGAACUAUUUCAAAGAGAGCGUGCAAAAUUCGAAGGGCCUAGCAAUAGAAGUUAUUCACACAUCCCGCCGACACCCGGGGCUCGACCGUCUAGUAUCAGCAGUGAGGAGGCACUCUUCGGCAUGCCUUACUCUAGCUUGAGUUUCCGCGGCGCAGAGUCAUUACGCCCGUCGGAUCCACCAUCAUUGAUACACCAAAGUCUGUCGUCAGAGAAGUGGAAGUACGCACGUAAGUUUGAAGUGGAUACUUUAUCAUCCUCCGGUGGCUCAAGUGGCAGAGCCGCAUCCAGCUCCACAACUGAGUCUUAUACUACGUUUUGGUCACCUUCUCAAACGCAGGCACAAUCUGCUGCUAGCGCUUCUAGCUUUCAGUCUCGGCCUCCAUCAAUGUUCAGCGAUGCGCCUGCGCCUCGUCGCACGGAUCGUGCUGUCCACGGCAAAACGGCAUUCUUAGAUGAUCUCAGACAGACAUUGACUAGUCUCUUGCUCAGUGACUUGGGAUCGCCGGUAUGGAGCUGCGGUAGCGAGACGGAUGCAUGGUUCAUUGGAUUCCUCAAUCAAGCACGGGUACAAAGACAGAUGGAUAAGCAAGCUCGGAUACAGAAGUUUCUGGCCGAAUCCGAAAAGUCAAUACAUCAACGUCUCGGAAGAUCGAGACAUGGCGAAAAUUAUAUGUCUCAUCAAAGAAGUUCAUCGGCUGAUCCAAUCUUAGUAAGUGUAUAUGACCCUCAUAAAACCACCAAUGAGGGUCCGUUCAACAAUGCUUUGGACGUACAACCAGCCAACGAGCCAGCCUUCGGCUACAAAUCCGCAUUCGCUCGGCUUUUGGAUGUGUUUUCACGCAACACCAACCCUUACGUGAAGCUCGGCGCUUUGAGGGAUUUGAGAGCACUGGUAGUGGCUUCUCUAGACAGGGAUGAUGAUCGGUCUCCAACACCGACACAGAAUUUUAUUAAUUCUCAAGGCAUUGCUGGUGCAGAGACUUUGAGGUUAAACCGUCAUAGCUUUACUGAAGGGCUCCUACAGCAUGACGACUCUUUCCGAACGCCUACAUCACCAGCACCAGAGUCCGUUGACUUGGAUUCUCACCCGUCAUAUGACCUGUUGAAUACAUCCGAAAGCCGUAUAAUAACGGCAAUCAAGGAUGUCUUGCGAGAGCUGCAACCGAAAACGUUAUUCCGUGAUCUUCAAUUCGUUUCAGCAUUUGUUCCCAGUGAAACAUUGAACAAGACAGACAGCGGAACGGCGUUCUUGCAAUUCGGGCUUGCAGCUCUGUCACUCAAGGAAGAUGUAUGUGCCAGCAUGGUCGAGCUGGCUGACAGGAUAGUGUCUCAAGAACUGAAUCGGCGCCACUCGCAACAGGCAUUUGAUUUCAUUUCUCGGACGCAAGACCCCAUUGAAGAUGCAGCCAGAAUGUGGAUCAUCACCGCCAAGGAAGGAUAUCCCGUGGCACAACGUGAACUUGCCAUUUUGUAUCUUACACAUCCAGAGAUACUUCCGCGAGUGACUUUACCCCUGACUCUUCCACGGGAUACUUUCAAGGCGGAGAUGAUGUACCGCCGUGAUAGGGAUUCCAAAUUCGAUCCACAAAGUAUGUGUUUGGCGCUGCACUGGAUGCAGCUGUCAGCCAGCGGUGGUGAUGAAUUGGCCAGGAAUCGUCUUCGCGAACGCGAAGAAUUUGAAUCCCUUGUUUGA